AUUAAUUAAUAAAUGGACCUUGUAACAAAGUAGGCAUAAAACAAUAGAAAAAUACCAGAAGCUAUUUUCUUUGAAAAUAUUGAUGAAUUAAUCUCCAAGAAUUCUAUUCAAAGAUUAAUGGAAAGCUUAUAGGAAGCAUAUAAGUAAUAAUUAAUUGAGUUUUAGCAAAUAUAAAUUUAUGGAAGCACAAUUAGUCAAAUAAAGAGAAUCAAUGCAAAAUAAAUUACCAGAAAUUGAAAGAGCUUUGAGUAUUGUAGAACAUUUAGAAAACUAAAAAGAAGAUGAAGUUGUUGAUUUUCUUAUUACAGAUACUAUUUAUUCAAAAGCUGUUUUACCUAAAGAAAAUAAGACUGUUGCUCUUUGGUUAGGUGCCAAUGUUAUGGUUGAAUUUGAAUUUAAUGAAGCUAAAGCACUUUUAUCAUCAAACAAAGAAAAUGCCAGCUCAAAUCUUAGACAAUUUGUAUUUCCUUAAUAUUGAUAUAGGAUGAAGAUAUAGUGUUCUUAAAAGAUUAAAUCACUACAAUUGAAGUUAAUAUAGCUAGAGUAUAUAAUGCUAACAUUAGAAUCUAAUAAACAUAAUAAUAAUAGCAAUAAUAAUAAGCAAAAUGAAAUAUAUUUAUUUAAAGUACAUAAAAAAAAUUGUAUUUC